UAUAAUAAUAGGUAUGCAAAACCAACAGUUUCACCAUAAUUGUAGGCUUGACUUCACGCAGCCAUGUUGCACUACGAGUUCAAACGAACGCCCUUCCGGCAAGUCCUUUGGGAGUUCUGCAAGGAAAAUGGUGUACUAGCCGUACGAUAUGCCUCCGACCGAAGUUUGCUCAAGAUUGAAAGAUCCUGGUGGAUACUUUGGAUCGCGGCAGCGUUCGCAGCCUGUGGUUUUUCGGUGAUCCAGAUGUACCACAAGUGGGACGAAAACCCGGUGGUCAUCGUGUACGCUCCCAAGUUUGCACCGAUUUCCACAGUUCCCUUUCCAGCUAUUACUAUGUGUCCGCUUUCAAAGGCUCGCGUAGAUCAGUUCAACCUGACUCAGACUUACGAGCUGUUGCGGAGUGGAACAUCGCUGGAUCGGACUCGUGAAAGGAAGUUUCGUGCGCUGGCUCACGUGUCCGUACGCACAUCUUUGGGAGAACUUCAGCAUGAGUGA